AUGGCUACGGGCUGCUGGUUCUUAGCCUUCUUCUGGGUUUGGUGGUUGCCACUGAUGCUCGUGGCAGCAGCUGAGGAAGAACAAGUGGGAGGCUGCUUCGGCUCAGCGAAGAGAUGCGGCAACAUCACCAUCUCCCACCCAUUCUGGCUCGCUAACAUGGGGGCGGAAAGAUCGUGUGGCAACUCCGACUUCGAGGUCACUUGCUUCAACGGCACUACUCCAGCUCUCCGGAGUUCAGUACCCUCCGGUCCUGGCUUCGCGAUCAUCGACAUCUCCUAUGAGGAACGCACCAUACGCGUCAUCGACCUAGGCAAGUUGGAAUUGUUGCACACCUACAACAGCUGCCAAGUCCCAUUCUGGAACACCUCCAUCAAACUCGGCCGUCCGUUCAGGAUCGACCCAGUCAACCUAAACCUCAUCUUGUACUACUGCACAGAGGAGGCUGGAACAGCGGCCGCCCGUCAGGACCAGGCGCUGGUCGAGUUGAGAUGCAGCGACAAGAGAAACACAUUUGUUCGAGUCGGAGGGCGCUACAAUGGUUCAGAAAAGUACGAGGGGUAG